UUCAGCGAGGCUGCUCUUUCAACAGGCGAUUUGUUCGCCUGUCUGGGGCUCAUUGCCAUGCGAAGGGGCUGACAUCAGAGCACCUUUUGUUGCUAAAAGCUCUUUUCUCUGGAGAGAGACAGAGAGAGCAGUCAUGUGGAGAUGGAAGAGCCCAUGUAGAGGGAAAGGGGGGAGGCAGAGAUUUGGAGUUACCUACGAGCUGAAAACCCAGCCCGGGCUCCUGAUUUGAGGAGGGGGAACUUUAACGAAAGACUUCCUUUGGUGCCAGAUGUAUUUUGUGCCUGUGGGAAGCGAUUUCCUCUCCCCGAAGAGGCGACCAGGACUCUCUUGAGCACCCCCGCGCGAGGGAAAGGUGGUCACGGCCAGCUUUGCCUUGCCACCCUGUUGCUCACCGCUCCAAACAGGCAAAGUUUGUGCGGGGCAUGGCUGUUUCUAGACGUGCCAAGAGUUGAGCCCGGGAAGGAGCUGCAGGAGGGAAACGUCGGCCGCCUCCGCUGCUCUCUUCUGGGGCUAGAGCUUGGCGGGAAGGCGAAGGCAGAGGCGGCAUGAUGGAGUAGCCGGGCGGCGGCGGCGGGUCUGGUUUGAGCGCAGGGCUUGAGCCGGCGGCGGGGCGUGAGGAGGGCAGCGUCGCCCUUGGCUAGAGUCUCGGUCCGGUGGGGAACGCGCGCCUUGAGCUUUGCUUUUCGAGGAGGCGACUAUGGAGGAGGAACAAGCCGCCGGCGCCGAACCCCAGGAGGACAACAGCAUGCCCGAGAGUUUCUCCAGACUCUGGACGGAUGUCAUGGGGAUACUGGAUGGAUCAUUGGGCAACAUUGAUGACCUGGCUGAGCAAUAUGCAGAUUAUUAUAAUACCUGCUUUACUGAUGUAUGUGAGAGGAUGGAAGAGCUUCGCAAACGGAGGGUUUCCCAAGACCUUGAUGUGGAGAAACCCGAUGCCAGCUCCACAUCCCUACAGCUGCGAUCCCAGAUUGAAGAAUCCCUUGGCUUCAGCAGUGUGGUAUCAACACCAGAAACAGAAAGAAAGUUCUCCCUUCAUAAAUCAAGUUCUGAAGAAAGUGCUGUCGGUAAAGCAGAUUGGAAAAAGAAGAAUAGGUAUUUCUGGCAAAACUUCAGAAAGAAUCAGAAGGGACUAAUGAGGCAGUCUUCAAAAGGGGAGGAUGUUGGUUAUGUGGCAAGUGAGAUCACAAUGAGUGAUGAGGAGCGGAUCCAACUAAUGAUGAUGGUUAAGGAGAAGAUGAUUACUAUUGAGGAAGCGCUUGCAAGGCUUAAGGAAUAUGAGGCCCAACAUCGGCAAUCAGGUAGCAUGGACUCUUCUGAAUGGCCUGAUAGUCCUUACCCAUCCUUUGAUGGUUCCUCCAAUUGUAAUUCAAGAGAGCAGUCGGAUGAUGAAUCUGAAGAAUCGGUGAAGUUUAAGAGGUUGCAUAAGCUGGUCAACUCAACUCGCAGAGUGAGAAAGAAAUUAAUUAGAGUGGAAGAAAUUAAAAAGCCCAGCAGUGAAGGUGUGGAUGAGCAUUCCCUUGACAGCUCUCCAGUACCAGAUGACAGAUCAGCGCUUUAUUCUGGAGUUCACAAGAAGCAACUUUACUCAGAUAGCUCUUCUGAGAAACAGCCAGAUGAGGACUCUGACUCACUCACCACAUCUCCUUCAUCGAGCAGCCUAGAUACUUGGGGUACUAACAGGAAAUUGCUCAAGACCUUCAGUAAAUCGGAAAGCCGUGGCCUUAUCAAACCCCCAAAGAAACUUGGAACGUUUUUCUCCUACCCAGAAGAGGAGAAGACUCCAAAGGUUUGCCGCUCCUUGACUGAUGGAGAGAUGAAGAAGAACCUUGGUUCUCUGAGCCACGGGGUAAGUAAAGAAAGCGUUUGCUUUUAUGACAACAGGCGCAAGCACCAUGUCCUGGUAUCCUUUGAGGAAAUCCAGAGUGUCAGGAAGCAGAUCCGACUGAAAAAGACAGAUUCUAACUACUCGUGUUCUAGAGCUUUUCUUUGCCAGCGCCCUGCUAGGAAAUACAUAUCACCCUCAAUUUGUGACCUGCAGCUGCUUCGUCACAAAGCCAAGGGGGUAGGAGGUGGAGGAGGCUGUGGCUUCCCAAACAGAAGGCUUCGAGGGCGCAACUCUGUCAGCGAGUUCAAUAUCACGUAUGUGGUAGAAAGAAGUCUCUACAGUCACCUGAACCUGUCACAUCUGGUGCGGCCCGUUACUGACAGGACACUGAGCAAAGCUGAAGAGCAGGAUUUGAGGCGAUGUCUGCUGGAAGAAGAGGAUGAGGCAAAGAGGAAGUGGGCUGCCACAAUGGACCGCUGUACUAAAAGGGUUCUUUUGAGAAUCCACCAAAAGUCUAGAACCUGCAGCUUUGGUGGCUUUGACUUGACAAAUCGCUCACUGCACAUUGGAAACAAUUUGGAUCAGAUGGGCAAAGAUGGUGAUUUUGUUUAUAAAGAAGUGAUCAAAUCCCCAUCUACUUCCCGCAUGUCCCUUGGUAAAAAGGUGAAAUCUGUUAAAGAAACCAUGAAGAAAAGGAUGUCUAAGAAAUAUAGCAGCUCCUUGUCAGAGCAGGACUCCAGCCUGGAUGUAAUGCCAGAAUCUCCUCAGUCACUACAGCCAGAUACUGAUUCUCUCGAUAAACCCAAACUGAAAGCUGGUGGUUCUGUAGAAAGUUUGAGGAGCUCUCUAAGUGGUCAGAGCUCAAUGAGUGGACAAACCGUAAGCACAACAGACUCCUCAGCUAGCAACAGAGAGAGUGUCAAGUCUGAAGAUGGUGAUGAUGAAGAACUACCAUACAGAGGACCAUUUUGUGGCCGGGCCAGGGUUCAUACUGAUUUUACCCCCAGCCCUUAUGAUACAGAUUCCCUGAAACUCAAGAAGGGCGAUAUAAUUGAUAUAAUCAGCAAACCACCUAUGGGUACCUGGAUGGGCCUCUUGAACAACAAAGUGGGUACUUUCAAGUUCAUCUAUGUGGAUGUGUUACAUGAAGAGGAAGAGAAGCCUAAAAGGCCUACAAGAAGGCGACGGAAAGGCAGACCACCUCAGCCCAAAUCUGUUGAGGAUCUCCUAGAUCGCAUCAACUUAAAGGAGCACAUGCCCACCUUUUUAUUCAAUGGCUAUGAAGACCUGGACACUUUCAAGCUCCUAGAGGAAGAAGACUUGGAUGAGCUCAACAUACAGGACCCACAGCAUAGAGCUGUUCUCCUGACAGCAGUUGAACUGCUACAGGAAUAUGACAGUAACAGUGACCAGUCAGGUUCUCAGGAGAAACUCCUCAUAGAUGGUCAGGGCUUAAGUGGCUGUUCUCCCCGGGAUUCAGGCUGCUAUGAAAGCAGUGAAAACCUGGAGAAUGCUAAAACUCGAAAGCCUUGUCUCUUACCCUCAAAGUUGGCUUCUGAAUACAGUUUUAAAGAUUUCCACAGAAAUCCACGGGCAAAUUAUCCAACCCUGCCCUUAACUAAAUCAACAGAUGUCCCCCAGCAAGGAGAGAAGACACAGUUGACUUGUACAAAUCAUGUUCUGAAAAGCUGCCUCAAGCCCCCAGCAGUCGUCGUCCUCAAGAAGAACCGCAGAAGUUUACCAGUUGGUAUCUGUCGGAGCUUUGAGACUCUAGAAAGUGGUCACAAGGUUCACAUGUGGCCAAGAUCUCAUUCUCUUGGCGACCUUCAUGGAGAAGCUGGCCCCGACUCUGCAAAGAAGCUGGAUGUUUUCCCUCAAGGCGAACUGGAUUUAACAAACAUGCCAACUGGCUCUGGAGGCAUGCACAUGGCAGAACAGUUGAUGGCUGAGGAGAGCAAAGCAGGUGUUGAUUCUCUUAAGGGGAAAGCAAAGGAACUGCACUUCUCUGCAACCAUUCCUUCCAGUGGAACAUUUCCACUGUUUCUGCCUCAGAAUUGUGGAGUUCAUUCAUCUUCACUUUCACGUGGUGUAACUUGGACUACUUUUGAAAACUUCAAAAAGACCACGCAUGAUCUUGGAAGGGCCAGUCAUUCUCCCUUCCCCAAGGAAGCUGAUCAGAAGGGCACAGGUGAGGCAAGAGCACAGCCAAAAGCAUCUUCACAGCCACCACCAGUCCCUGCCAAAAAAAGCAGAGAACGCCUUUCUAAUGGACACUGUCACCUCCCCUCAGCCCUUUCUUGUCCAGAUGUGCCAUCCUUGCCAGUGAAAAAGAGCCUCCAACCUGGCUCCUCUGAUUCCCAUGUACUGACUGUGUGUAGAUCAUCUCCUGGGCAGGAGCCCAGUAGUCCUUCGGGCGUACGGCCUCCUUGGUUUUCAGAUCUUCCAGAGACUGCUACUGUCCAGCAACAUGUGCUAAAACUUGAUCCUUUGUCGGUGAGAAAAAUAUCUUCUAACAGAGGACUGGAUCUGGAAAUGUUGAUAGAAAACAAGCUGCAAUCUGAAGAUAUUGAUCUCACAGAAGAUCCAUAUUCUGACAAGCAUGGCCGCUGUGGGAUUCCUGAACUUUUGGUACAAAGGUACUCUGAAGACUUAGAGCACGCUGAAAAGGAUGUUGCUACAAACCUGGACCAGAUUCGGGUGAAGCAGCUGAGGAAGCAACACCGCAUGGCGAUUCCAAGUGGAGGCCUCACUGAAAUCUGUCGAAAACCUGUGUCCCCUGGCCAUAUCACUUCCAUAGCCGACUGGCUGGUUUCUAUUGGCCUUCCGAUGUACUCAAGCUCCUUCAUGGCUGCAGGAAUCAAUGACCUAAGCGCAGUGCCUUCUCUGUCAAAAACAUCACUUCAUGAGGCUGGCAUCACAGAGGAGAGGCACAUAAGCAAGCUUUUGGCGGCAGCAAGACUACUCAGUACCCUCAACCCAGAGACAAUAUAACACACUCUGAAAUGUAGCAUCUGCCAGUUGGAAAAGCCAGAGUUUCCUACCGUGUCAAUUUCAUCUUUCAUUUCUCCAGAAAGGUCUUUGGGAAGAAGUUGAGGCUGUUGUGUUUCUCUGUCAAUAAUUCACAAAGGAGAAUUAUAAGAAGUUGUUUUGAGAGGGAAAUGGUGCUUUCCGAUUACCCCUUAAAGAAAAGGCACAAGAAGUUAUGUUAGUUUCUUAAAGACUGUGAGGCUGGCUUCGACCCAUUUAAGAAUAUACAUGUCUAUUACAAAAAAGGGAACUU